AUGGCGGCCAUCCGCACCGCAAUCAUCGGCCUGUCCUCGACGGCCAUCACGUCAUGGGCAUCAACUGCCCAUUUACCCUGCCUCGUCACACCCACAGGCCAGACCAAAUUCGAAAUUGUCGCCCUGCUCAACAGCUCCGUGUCGGCCGCCGAGUCGGCCAUUAAAACGUAUAACCUCCCUCCCCAAACAAAAGCCUACGGAUCCCCCGAGGAUCUCGCCGCCGACCCGGACGUCGACCUGGUCAUUUGCAAUACCCGCGUCGACAGGCACUACGAGACGGUCCUGCCCAGCGUUCGCGCCGGCAAGGACGUGUACAUAGAGUGGCCCAUUGCUUCGACAGAGUCCGACAUCAGGAGCCUUGCGGAGGAGGCGCGGAGGAGCGGUUCAACGACGCUGGUCGGGCUGCAGGGGCGAUGGGCCGCCCCGGUGCUCAAGCUGAGGGAGCUGCUGGACGCAGGGGCGAUUGGCAAGGUGCUGAGCGUGGACGUGAGGGCGUACGGGGGCACCAAGGACAGGGAGAUGUUGCCCGUGGGGUUGAAGUAUUUUGCCGACAGGGACGUUGGCGGGAAUCCAAUCACGAUUGGGUUCGGACACGUGUUUGACUUUGUGCAGUCUGUUGUCGGGGACGUGGUUCCCGAAACUACCGGCUCGCGGCUCCAGCUCCAGCGACGGCAGGUUCGUGUUCGUAAUCCGGAGAGCGGGGAGGUGGUUGAGACGGUGCAGUCGAAUGUUCCUGAUUUGCUUCACUUGCAUGGUCGCCUGGCCGCGUCUCCUCGGACGGAUGCCAAUGCCACGCUGGCAUUCGCGUUUCGUCGCGGGCAGCCGUUUCCGGGGACGCCGUCUCUGACGUGGAGCAUCUACGGGGCGGGCGGCGAGAUCCGGCUGGUUGCGCCGGCGGGCAUUUCGCUGCAGGCAGAGGCCUACGACGAGCCGGUGACGAUACAGGUGCACGACUUUGAGACGGACACGGUGCGAGACGUCAGGUGGGACUGGACAGAUGUCGAGAAGCAGGUUCCCAUCCGGGGGAGGUCGGUGCAGAGGGUGCUGUAUGCGUAUGCGGACUGGAAGCAGGGGAAGGGUGACGGGGCAGGGGCUUGGGUUGGUGUUGACGAUGCAGCCGCGAGGGCUUCCCAGAUUCAGAAGCUCCUGGAUGGGUUUGAAGGUUGA